AUGGCACCAGCAACGGGCAAGGGUUUCUCAUGGUCGAACAUCGCGGUCGGUGCCAUUAUGAACAUGGUCACGACACUUGGCCAACCACUGGAGGUCAUCAAGACCCAGAUGGCGGCAAACCGUAGUCAGACGAUGCUCCAGGCAUUGAACUCAGUCUGGGCGCGCGGCGGUGUUGUUGGCUUCUACCAAGGUCUUAUUCCAUGGGCCUGGAUUGAGGCGUCAACGAAGGGUGCUGUCUUGUUGUUCACCGCUUCGGAGUUGGAGAAGGUGUCACGUAAUGCUGGCGCCGGUCCCGCGGCCGCGGGUCUCAUUGGUGGUAUGGGUGGCGGUAUCGCACAGGCGUACGCAACCAUGGGUUUCACGACAAGUAUGAAGACCGCCGAGAUCACACGACACAAGCAGGCGGCGGCUGGUAUUAAGCCACCCUCAACAUGGGCCCUGUUCGCGGAGAUCCUGCGCAAGGAGGGUCUCCGUGGCGUGAACAAGGGUGUCAAUGCGGUCGCCAUCCGUCAAUGUACGAACUGGGGUUCGCGCAUCGGUUUCGCUCGUCUUGCCGAGUCCGGUAUCCGCGGUCUGCGUGGCAAGAGCGACAAGGACUCGCUCGGCGCGCUCGACCGUAUCGCGGCAUCUACUGUCGGUGGUGCUCUUGCAACAUGGAACCAGCCCAUUGAGGUCGUUCGCGUGGAGAUGCAGAACAUGAGCAAGGAGGCGACUGCCAACGCGAACCGCCCGGCCAAGCUCACUGUCUUCAACACUCUCACGUACAUUUACCGUGAAAACGGCUUGAAGGGUCUCUACCGUGGCGUCAGCCCCCGUAUCGCGCUCGGUGUAUGGCAGACGAUCUGCAUGGUCUCCUUCGCAGACUAUGUUAAGGAGUGGGUGAAGGGCCGGGAGGAGAAGAAGGUUUAG